AUGCCACCAAUAUAUCAAGAGAGGAAGAAACUUGAAUUCCUUGAAUUGAAACAAAAUGAGAUGUCUGUUACUGACUAUGAAUUACAAUUUACAAAGUUAUCCAGGUAUGCACCAGAGGAAGUGGCAACUGAUGAACUGAAGAGGAAUAGAUUUGAGAGGGGUUUGAGAUUGGAGAUAUGUGAAAAAGGUGCAUCAUUUACACCUAGAGGAGGAUCAAGAAGUCAGCGAGGAGGUUUUAGAGGAAGAGGUAGUUAUCAGUUUAGAGGGCCAAGUAGUAUAACUUUGGGUAGAAGUAGUGGAUCAGCGAACAUGCUAGGUAAUUCUAGGUUUACUAGUAGAGGAUAUAGACCUGUUUGUGGCACUUGUGGAAGGACCAAUUUAGGAGAGUGUUGGGGACCGAGAGUGCAGGCUUGUUAUAGAUGUGAGAAACCUAGGCAUUAUGGCAAUGAGUGUGUAGUAGGUAGAGGAGCAUAUAGUACCUACCAUUCAGGAGGACAAAGUAGUGUUGGGGAUAAUGUAGUACCUGCAGUGACUGGUCGUGGAAGAGGUAGGGGAGGUAAAAGUGGAGCUACAACAGCAUAUGUCCAUAUUGAAGAUGCGAACCAGUCCUUACUGCAGGCAAGAGUGUAUGCUGUUACGAGGCAUGAUGCAUAUGUGUUAGUUGACCCUGGAUCUACAUGUUCAUUCAUUUCAUGGGAUUUUGCAUUGAAAAUGCAUUGUGGCAUUGAAUCUGUAGGAUAUGAUAUUUGUGUUUCGAUGCCUGGUGGAGGAGUAACAAUGGUGAAUACUGUAGUUCGGGCUUGUUCCGUGAUGAUUUGUGGUACAAAUAUGCUGUAG